AUGUACUCAUUCAACACUGCCGCUCUUGUCGCCCUUGCUGGCUUCGCCGCCGUUGAGGCCGCCAUUGUCUCUCCUGCUCCUCAGCCUACCGGCGUCAAGAACGGCACCGUCACCAUCACCAGUGUGUACGAUGUCUACACCACUAUCUGCACUGGUCCUACCAGCUUUCACCUGGGAGGCAAGGACUACGUCGUCACUGAGCCUUGCACUCUGACCAUCACUGACUGCCCUUGCACCGUCACUGAGACUCACCCCGCUGGCCCUACUUGGAUCCCUGGCAAGCCCUACCACCCUGCUCCCCCCAAGCCUGAGCAUCCCUCCAAGCCUGAGCAGCCUGAGCAUCCUUCCAAGCCUGAGCACCCUGCCCAGCCCGAGCACCCCGCCAAGACCACCGGCCCCCAGGUUCCCGAGGCCACCAAGCCCGCCAAGGGUACGGAUGUCCCCGAGACUCCCGUCGUCGUUGCCGGCGCCGGUGCUGUCCAGGUCGGUCUCGGCCUGGCUGCCAUGCUCGGCCUCAUUGCUCUGUAA